AUGCGCAAGAGAACCACGGGAAAUGCCAAAGCGGUUGUUUUGACCCAUCGUCAUGUGUUGGCGUCGGUGUUUGGAAAGACGGGUGCACGCGCACUCCCAGCCGGCCGGCCAUUCUUGAACUGGAUAGGGCUAGAUCACGUCGGUGCCUUUGUCGAGAUCCACCUGCAUGCCCUGUGGGUCAACGAGGACCAGAUCCAUGUGCAAGCCGCCGAUAUCGUGUCGGCGCCAACACACUUCCUGGACCUCUUGAGCCGCCACCGUGUGUCACGCUCAUUUGCGCCUAAUUUCUUUCUGGCGAGCCUCGUUUCGGCGGCGGCGGCGGUGGCGAAGACAAACUCACCCUCUUGGGACUUAUCGAACCUCACGUUCCUGGUUUCAGGCGGCGAAGCCAACGACAUCGAAACAUGUGUUGCUGCUUCAUCGCUCUUGGAAAAGUACGGCGCCCGACGGGGUGUCAUCGCGCCGGGUUUUGGAAUGACUGAAACAUGCGCGGGCUCGAUCUACAACGUCAGAUGCCCCGAUUACGACCUCGCCAACCGGUACAAGGUCGCGUCCCUGGGGAAGUGCAUCAAUGGCAUGGAGAUGCGCGUGACCGUUGGACUGAGCAGGAGAGAUGGGCAACCAGAAUCGAGUGCUUUCGACGCCGUGCUCGCUCAGCCAAACCAGCCGGGAGACCUGGAGGUGCGCGGUGAUAUGGUCUUCAAAGAAUAUUACCGAAAUCAGGCCGCGACUGCUGAUGCAUUCACCCCGGAUGGCUGGUUCCGCACAGGCGAUCGGGCUAUCUUGGACUCGGAUGGCAGCCUGUGCCUUGUUGGGCGAGUCAAGGAAGUUGUCAAUAUCCAGGGGGUAAAAGUCCCGAUUGGAGACCUUCAGUCAACUCUCGAGCAAGCCAUCCAGGGCUGCCACAUGGACCGUCUCAUUGUGUUCCCAUCCAGGGCAGACAAGACAGAGCAAGUCACGGUCGCAUGUCGACAAGUUCAUGGACACACGUUAACGGAUGGAGACAUGUGCGAAAUCGAGAACCGGCUCGUCCAAGCUUGUAUGAUGGUCACAGCUUCGCGGCCUGUCAUAUUCAUGUUGGGCCCAGAAUCGUUGCGUCUUCUGCCCACAACAACUCUUGGCAAGAUUUCUCGAGCCAAGAUGCAGUCCUUGUUUGAGGAUGGCGCAUUUUCGGCCGACGUCAAACGGUGGCGCAGUCUCGUGGAUGACUUUAAGCUACACCGUCGUACUGAUAUUUACCACGGAGGGGACCAAGACACAACAACGACUGCAGCGACAGUGGAAGAAAUGGCCCUCAUCGAAGAUUUCAAGAGCGUCAGCACCAGUGACGGCAUUGGCCAGACCAUAUUCCAGGCCGACACCUCUUUGUGGGAGCUUGGCUACACCUCGAUGGAUGUUGUCCGCCUCAAGCACGCAAUUGAUGCUCGAUUAGGGCUUUUCAUACCCAUCAUCAUGAUCAUGAAGAACCCUACAGCUCGGCUACUGGCUGCUUCAAUAUCACGAAUGCGUUCCACGAAUGGCGACACUCACGAGGCAUCUAUUGUCAACGAGAGACAGGAGCCAAAUUCAACGGGAGUCAACGGCCACAGCAAGGGCAAUCAUGACGGCGGCGAAGCAGAUCACAAGUACGACCCCGUCGUUGCCUUCCGAACCAGCGGCACCAAGACGCCAUUAUGGCUGGUGCACCCCGGCGUGGGCGAGGUGCUUGUCUUCGUCGGCCUCGCCCAGCACCUGAGCGACGACGACCGGCCACUGUACGCGCUGCGCGCCCGCGGGUUCGAGCCCGGCGAGACACGCUUCGGGGACAUCGAGGAGACCGUGAGCACGUACGUGGCGGCCGUCAGGCGGGUGCAGCCCGAGGGCCCGUAUGCGAUUGCAGGGUACAGCUACGGCGCCAUGCUGGCGUUCGAGAUCGCCAAGCGGCUGGACGGCGAGCACGGCCAGGAGGUCAGGUUCCUGGGCAGCUUCAACCUGCCGCCCAACAUCAAGAUGCGCAUGAGGCAGCUGAACUGGAACAUGUGCCUCCUCCACCUGGCCUACUUCCUCGGCCUGACGACCGAGGAUUCCCAUGAGACCCUUCAACAGGAACAUCAUGAAUCACCCCCCGGCACCCAUGGCGCCGACGGUGAACCGAGGGGCGAAGGAUUUAGCGCACUGGGGCGCGAAACGGCUCUGUCCCGCGUCCUCGGCAUUUCAGAUGCACAGCGGAUGAGCGAGCUUGGGCUCAGCGAGUGGGAGCUGACGCGCUGGGCCGAUGUCGCGUACGGGCUACAGUCUAUGGCAGUCGAAUACGAGCCUUCUGGGGUGGUGGACUCCAUCCACGUCUUCCACGCCGAGCCCCUGAAGGUGGUGGCGGCAUCGCGCGAGGAAUGGCUCCGGGACCAUCUGGCCAAGUGGGCGGACUUCUCACGGUCUGCCCCGACGUUUACCCAGGUUGGGGGCGCACACUACACCAUGCUCGGCCCUGACCAUGUCAGCGGAUUUGCUCCGAAGUUGAGGGAAGCCCUACGGGACAGAGGGGUAUGA